CCAGGCCAGGCCGAUGCAUUGGUGCCCAGGCAAGGAGCAGCCAGCUUUCCUCCUGGUCCCCCUGCCCACCACUCUCACUGCCCCGGUCUCUAGCUGCCUCGAGGGAGGCUCUGAUGGGAGCACAGCUCCCUGGCAGCUCGCAGUGCCCAAGCCCAGCCCCUGCUUCCAAGCCUCAGCCAGGAAAUGCAACUGCCUCUGGGGUGGAGCUGGUAAGAGAUGCAGAGCAGCUCGUGCUCAUGGGGGCUGUGGGGUGGGGGAUCCCGGCAGCCUCUACAGCCACGGCCGGCCCCAGAGGCCUGGACCAGGUAUCUCUGGUGGCAUCAAGGCAGAGCCAAGACAGCUGUGUGCCCAGGAAAGGGCACAACCUGGGGGUGGCGGCACGGGGGUGCCCCCGCGCUCCCCGGCCGUGCUGCUGUCUCCCUGCAGGGCGGUGGGCAGCCCGCUGGUCAUGGACCCCAACAGCAUCUGCCGCAAGGCACGCCGGCUGGCAGGGAAGCAGGCCGAGCUGUGCCAAACGGAGCCCGAGAUCGUGCAGGAGGCGGCGCGCGGUGCCCGGCUGGGCGUGCGAGAGUGCCAGCACCAGUUUCGUUUCCGGCGCUGGAACUGCACCAGCCACAGCAAGUACUUCGGCCGCAUCCUGCAGCAGGGUAAGCCCCGGGGCUGGGGGCAGCUGGGCCUGGGCCUGCCCCCGGCCGGCCCCGCGCCUGACGGCGCUGCCUGGGAGUGGGGUGGCUGCGGCGACAACGUACGCUUCGGCUACGAGAAGUCGCAGCUCUUCAUGGACGCACGGCGCAAGCGGGGCAAGGCCGACAUCCGUGCCCUUGUGGACCUGCACAACAAUGAGGCCGGGCGCCUGGCGGUGCUGAAGUACACGCGCCUGGAGUGCAAGUGCCACGGGCUGUCGGGUUCGUGUGCCCUCCGCACCUGCUGGAAGAAAAUGCCGCCCUUCCGGGAGGUGGGUGACCGCCUCCUCGAGCGCUUCAACGGCGCCGUGCGCGUGAUGGGCGCCAAUGACGGGCGCACACUGCUGCCCCUGGGCGCCAGCAUCAAGCCGCCCGACGGGCAGGACCUGGUGUACUCGGCUGACUCGCCUGACUUCUGCCUGGCCAACCGCAAAACGGGCUCGCCAGGCACCCGUGGGCGCCUCUGCAACAGCACGGGGCUGGGCACGGGCGGCUGCGACCUGCUGUGCUGCGGCCGGGGGCACCGCGACGAGGCCGUGGUGCUGGAGGAGAACUGCCUGUGCCGCUUCCACUGGUGCUGUGUGGUGCAGUGCCGCAAGUGCGCCGUGCGCAAGGAGCUCAGCCUCUGCGCCUGACGCCCCAGGGACGCCACAACCCUCUGGGAAUGCCGCAACCCACCGGGGAUGCUGAGACCACCCAGGGACGCCAAGACCCACUGGGGAUACCGAGACCACCCAGGGACGCCAAGACCCAUUUGGGGAUGCCCAAACCCACCGGGGAUGCCGAGACGACCCAGGGAUGCCAAGACCCAUUUGGGGAUGCCCAAACCCAACUGGGGAUGCCUGCCCAAGGAUGCCGCGACCCACUUGGGGAUGCCCAAACCCACCUGGGGACACCCAUCCAGGGAUGCCGCAGCCCACCUGGGGAUGUUGAGUCCCACCCGGGGAUACGAUGACCCACCCAGGGACGCCCAAGACUGGACGCUGGGAGCCAGGCUCUGCGCCCUGUGCCCAGGCUGGCACGGGGAUGGGGGUGCACAGACUCAGAGGGGUGCCAGGUUCCCCCCUCCCCAAGGGCUCUGAUGGCAAGGGGGGGACCUGCUCAUUAGGCUAAUAAAGCUAUUUAA